UUACGCAGCCUGCUCACAAUUCCUGCUUUUCGUGCCAGAGCCUGCAGCUGUCUCUGUUGCGUCCCUCUCCGCUGCCGCUGCUCUGGGAAACCGUCGCCUCUCUCGUGACGAGCCGACGCCAGACCUCUCCCUUCCAGAGUCCGCGUAAAAGCCGAAGGACAUAUCGCAACUUACCAACAAUUUUCCAACAGUGUUCGAGGAGGUGAAUGAAGACACCUGACCGCCGCGCGUAACGCCCCAUCCGCCUGCUGACUGAAAUCCUUUCCAACUGUGAAGGCUACAGGAAUGUGGAAUAAAAAUCUGUCUCAGCGUACAAAGACCCGCCUUUGCCCCUGACACCAUGACCACGGACCUGAACUUAACCUCCCUGCUCAAUGUCACGGAUCUCCACAACCACACGAGAGGAUGUUCCCUCACCAAGACCGGCUUUCAGUUCUACUACCUGCCCACGGUUUACAUCAUGGUCUUCAUCACGGGGCUGGUGGGCAACAGCUUGGCCAUCUGGAUGUUCGUGUGCCACAUGAGACCCUGGAGCAGCAUCUCGGUCUACAUGUUCAACCUGGCCCUGGCUGACUUCUGCUACGUCCUCUCCCUGCCCUUCCUCAUCUUCUACUAUUUCAACAAGACGGACUGGAUAUUCGGGGACGUCCUGUGCCGCCUGCAGCGCUUCAUAUUCCACGUGAACCUUUACGGGAGUAUUCUGUUUCUGACCUGCAUCAGCGUCCACAGGUACACCGGCGUGGUGCACCCGCUCAAGUCUCUGGGUCGACUGAAGAAGAAAAGCGCGGUUAUCACCAGCAUGCUGGUGUGGGUGGUGGUCAUUAUUGCCAUCUCCCCCAUCCUGUAUUACUCCAGGACGGGCUUGAAGCGUAACGCAACCACUUGCUAUGACACCACCAGCGAGGAUGAGCUUCCAGGUUAUUUCAUCUACAGCAUGACUUUGACGGUGUUCGGGUUCUGCAUCCCUUUCAUUAUCAUCUUUUGUUGCUAUGGCAUGAUCGUCAAAGCGCUGAUCUGCAACGACAUGAACAACGCGCCCCUGCGGCGGAAGUCCAUCCACCUGGUCAUCAUCGUGCUGGCGGUCUUCGCCGUCUCCUACAUGCCUUUCCACGUGAUGAAGAACCUCAACAUGAGGGCCAGGCUGUACUUCCAGGGCCCCGACAUGUGCGACUUUAAUAACCGCGUCUACGCCACCUACCAGGUGACGCGGGGGCUGGCCAGCUUAAAUAGCUGCGUGGAUCCUAUUCUUUACUUCCUGGCUGGGGACACCUUCAGGAGGAAGCUGUCGCGGGCCACAAAGAAGACCUCGAGGAAGGGGGACACUGUGCUUCAGUCCAAGAGCGAGGAGACGGCACUCAACAGCCUGGCCGAGUAUGUGGAGAACGGGGAUCGGAGGCUGUGAUUGGGCACCGCUGAGUGUCUGGCCCCGGGUGUGGAUCUCUAUUAGCUUAAGAGAACCGGACGGACUCAGUAUUAAAUAAAUAAUUGCACUGUCCCGGACUGAAGGCUGUCUGUAGAAUUUAUCGGCCUAUGGUUUAUAGAACUGUAGGAUAAAGAGUUAAUUUAACCUUGUGAUAACAGUCACUUGUUUGCAGCCUGUCAGUGUUGAUAACCUUUAGUACUGUGUGGUCCCGUACACGUAUUGUACUCAAGCUGUUAGAGCCAUUACUCCUCGUUCUGAUGCUUUGUGUUCACAGAAUGAACAUUAUGAUCGGGCAGGAAGGGGCCACAGGUUCCUAUACAGGCAGUAAUGCCCCACGCAAUCAAUUUGUCCAGAAAGUGAGAAUGGAUAGAACCUUCUCCAGCCACUGAACUGAUGCUUAAUCAAUAGCUAUUAAGCAAGUGGUAAUUUGUGGUUAAGGAGGUGUACCUUGGACGGCUUGUAAAAGUAAAUGCACUGAAGCUGAGAUUGCUGCAUGGACGUGCCAUGCAGACGUUGUAAUGCACUAUGACCGGGGACUCUCUGCUCAGAGGACGACCUAUCACUCCUCAUUUCGUUCUCCAUCUAUUACUGACUCGGCCAGGAACGUGGUCGACCAGUUUUUCAUUUUGACAGCUCUGAGGUCAAGGGUCCCCGUUGUCUCUAGUACCACAGUCCCCCCCCCCCCCCCCCUCCUUGUCAACAUGUUCCCUACAGAACAACAAAAGAAAAUACAUACAGUAUUUUUUGUGUAUAUGAUACUAUGAUGAAUGUUUUUUUGUUUUUUUAAGUGUACUGUACAGAAUGUCGUGACGUUCCAGACGAGUUUGUGUUGUCAACAGUUUUUUUGUUCAAGUCAUUAAACCCAGAACCUUUAGUGCAUGAGUUCAGUGUUAAAUACAAUCAGUGGCAGGUUUUAACGAACUGUUUGUUACGGCACAGGGAUUAUUCGAUUAAACACAAAUACACACACACACACACACACACACACACACACGCACGCACUCACCUGCUAUGUGACUCCAUCAAUAUUGAAGAUUGUUUUUCGUAUAAGAUACCUCAAAGUGAAUUCUGCACUGUGUUUGGGCUUUGGUAGAUAACCGUUGUUUUGUACCUGUUGUAGUGAUUCUGGAGAAAUCACUGUGGAGCUUUCUCUCUCUCUAUAUAUAUAUAUAUAUAAAUAUAUAUAUUUUACCCUGGACUCCAUAGAUGUUUGACGUCUCUACUAAUACGUUUGUAAAUCUGAAAUGUGGUCAUCGACUGUCACGAGAAAGGAAGUGAAACACCUGUACAGGAAAUCUGGGGCCACGUGUGUAUCUUUGUCAAUAAAUCCUUUUUAUAUUUAAAAACAUGCCCGACAA